UGUCAAUCUCCAUUACUCUAUAUAUAUUCUCUAUAAGGGAAGAGAAGGAUAAACAACCACGCAUUACUGCAGAUAGAGAGAGACAGAGGUCUAGGGGCGACUGUAAGCAGAGAAAACAGAGAAAAAAUGGCUAGGAAAAUCAGCAUGGCAGCACUUUCUGUAGUUUUGGCUGCAACCCUGGUGCAGAUCACAUAUGCUAGAACUUACACAGUAGGAGACUCCAUUAGUUGGCAAAUCCCUAAUAGUAAUGCUGAUUUUUAUGAUGAUUGGGCUGAAAAUAAAGACUUCAUGGUUGGGGAUGUUCUUGUGUUCAACUUUACUACAGGAGCACAUAAUGUUGCCGAGGUGACAGAAGUUGCUUACGACGCUUGCAGCACUACCGAUACUAUCUUUACUGAGAACAACGGACCUGCAAGAAUUACCCUUAAGAGGACUGGUGAGUACUACUUCAUUUGCACUUUCCCUGCUCACUGUUUCGGAGGCCAAAAGCUCAAGGUCGACGUCCGAAAUGGCGCCAGUACUACGCCCGGAAUUUUAGGUCCUCCCAGCUCAGCUUCAUCCCUUGUUGCCACCCUCUAUCUUGUCUCCAUGUCCAUUGCCUUGGUUUUGUUGUGCUGAUUAUGUUAACCCUUUUGCCUGCUUUUACUUUUUAUGCGAUAUUGUAUGAGUUCAGAGUAUGUAGCCUAUACCAGAGAGACUUUCAUUUUUAUUAUGGUAGUGAUCAUGGAGUGUGUUUUGUGUUUGAAUAAAACUUUGAUUCGUUUCUGGAUAUAAAGAUGUAACUGAUCAGAGCCUUGCUGUGAAUUAUAGCGACAUAUUUUCUGUUACUG